AUGGCAAAGAAAGGGAAGGCUAAAAAUGGGGCGGCAACCGGUGAAGGAGAACAAGUGUCAGCUCCGGCUGCGGCACCGCCCACCAACGUCCCAGCAGCUGCUGAUCCAGCAAGACCAGCACCCGCUCCGGUGAAAGUAGUUGAAGUUGCGGUCAAGCCUGUGGCCGAGAAAGCUCCAGCAUCGCAACCAGCUAACGCCACCGUAGAGAACGGUUCCGAAGUAGUACCCAGUGAGAGGAAGCGCAAGCGUAGCCGCCGUGAUCGUAAGAAGAAGUCGGACGGUGGCUCCGAUGAUCCGACCAGAGAAAAAGUCCCAUCAAACGCAACGGCGAAGAAAAAUCUGCGCAAAAAGCGCACCAAACUUAUGCGAACCUUGGUACAGCUUGAAGCUACCCCAGCGCAAGCUUCCGCCGAAGGAACGCCAGCUCAAACUCCGGAAGAAAUUCGUAAGAAGAUCCAGAUUGUCGAAGAUCUGCUCGAGGCGCUCAAGGUGCAAACGCAGGAGGAACGGAAACGGAUGGAAGCUCUAAGAAAUGCGGCCAAAUCUGCACCUCAGGAAGCACCGAAAGCGGCCGAAGCACUGCAGGAAACUCCUGCCAAAGCGAAACCAGACUCGCCGAAAAACUUAACCACGGAAAAGGCACGCAAAGAGGGCGAAGUGAAGAAGCUUGCGAACGAAAAGGCUGAAAUUCAAAAUGAGGCAAAGCGGCUGGCACAGGAAAAGGCACGCAAGGAGCAGGAGAUGAAGAAGCUGAUCGAAGAAAAGGCUAAGAAGGAUGCGGAGGCGAAGCAGCUGCUGGAAGAGAAGGCGGCACGUGAGGCUGAGCUGGCAAAGCUUACACAGGCGAAGGCACGGGUAGAGACAGUGGAGCAGAAGAUUAACGAAAUCGAUCAGAAGGUACAGCAGCGUAAGGAAGCGGAUGAGGCGAAGGUGGCGCCGGGUAGUCCGAAGCAGAAGAAGGAACAAGCACGUACUCGCAAGGAUUCGGAAUCGAGUAAGAAGAAGGAGGCGGAUGAUAAGGUGAAGAAGGAGGCGGAAGAGAAGGCGAAGAAGGAUGCCGCUGAGAAGGCCAAGAAGGAUGCAGAGGAGAAGGCUAAGAAGGAGGCAGAGGAGAAGGCUAAAAAGGAGGCGGUUGAGAAGGCCAAGAAAGAAUCUGAAGAGAAGGCCAAGAAGGAGGCGGCCGAGAAGGCUAGGAAGGAGGCGGAAGAGAAGGCCAAGAAGGAGGCGGCUGAGAAGGCCAAGAAAGAAGCUGAAGAGAAGGCUAAGAAGGAGGCGGCUGAAAAUGCCAAGAAGGAAGCUGAGGAGAAGGCCAAGAAGGAGGCGGCUGAAAAAGCUAAGAAAGAUGCUGAGGAGAAGGCUAAGAAGGAGGCGGCUGAAAAGGCCAAGAAGGAAGCUGAGGAAAAGGCCAAGAAGGAGGCGGCAGAUAAGGCCAAGAAGGAAGCUGAGGAGAAGGCCAAGAAGGAGACGGCUGAAAAGGCCAAGAAGGAAGCUGAGGAGAAGGCCAAGAAGGAGGCGGCUGAAAAGGCCAAGAAGGAAGCAGCUGAAAAGGCCAAGAAGGAGGCAGAGGAGAAGGCUAAGAAGGAGGCGGCUGAGAAGGCCAAGAAGGAGGCAGAUGAGAAGGCUAAGAAGGAGGCGACUGAGAAGGCCAAGAAGGAAGCUGAGGAGAAGGCCAAGAAGGAGGCAGAGGAGAAGGCUAAGAAGGAGGCGGCUGAGAAGGCCAAGAAGGAAGCUGAGGAGAAGGCCAAGAAGGAGGCAGAGGAGAAGGCUAAGAACGAGGCGGCUGAAAAGGCGAAAAAGGAAGCUGAGGAGAAGGCCAAGAAGGAGGCGGCUGAAAAGGCCAAGAAGGAGGCAGAAGAGAAGGCCAAACAGGAAGCAGCAGACAAGGCGAAAAAGCUAGCCGAAGAAGAAACCAAACGGAAAACGAACGGCGAAGCAGUGAAGCAAGCGAACGGAUCGGCACAAACAACUCCAACGCAAGACAAACCGGCCACCUCGAAGCAGGACACCAAGAACAACAAGAAAAACAACAAACGAACCCCGAAAAACAGUGUGUCGGAAGAUGAGAAAAACUCCACCAAACAGACCGGUUCAAAAAACGUACAAAGCGGCGAUUUUGCCUCCUCUGCUGAACCCGCCACGGUAGCAAAAUCGCAAGAAAGCCAAUCAGCCCCCGUCCCCAUCCCAAAGUCCCCGGAAGCUGCACCUCCAGGCUCUCCGAAAGCCUCCCCAAAGCCUGCCAACGGAAAACCCGCCUCCGCACCAGUGAACGGCAAACAGCAGACACCGCCAGCCAAGACUCCAGAGAAGACGCCACCACAACCCAAGACUGCAACACCAGCACGUUCCUCGCCCCCGAAGACUACUGCCAAGGCUCCGUCACCACCGAAAACGGCACCUGCACGAGCUGCACCGCCGAAACCUAGUACACCACCGGCGACAAAGAAACCCGACCCACCGCCAAAGCCCGAAUUCCUCAAGAAGAAAUCACCCUCGGUAGAGAAGGAGAAGGUGGCAGCUGUGAAGGCGGCACCGCCGCAACAGGUACCCCAACAGACCCCUGCAGCUGCUCCCACUGCUCCUAGCUCAGCACCCGUUCCAUCCACACCUGCUGUCCCUCCUGUUCCUGCUCCUGCCACAGUUCCGUCACCUGCGCCACCGUUGUCAGUGCCCGCCGAACCUGCGGAAGGUGCCGCACGCCUAACCGAGGAAGCCCUCAACGGAGCGAAGAAACCUGCCACUGCUGGUGCCGGUUCGGGUAAUAAACCGAAGCCGGUGCAGAAAAAGCCGGAGGUACCGCCGAAACCGGACGUCCACAGCAAGAGUGCCGCCAAAAUGAAGACACCGAUCAAGCAGCCGGGCGGCAAGAGCUCCACGUCUGAUUCCAGGUCGCCGGCAGCGGAGCUAAGUAGAACGGAAGCAUUUAAGAAAAACAUGGACAUUAUAUCGACGAUCGCGGACGUGCUGCUGUCCCAUUCGCGCUCGAAGAAGAACCGUAGCGCGGGCUCGUCAUCCUCAAACGCUAGCAAACCCACUAACAGUCCUUCUUCCUCUACUAGCACUAGUCUCGAACCAUCAUCCCCUUCAUCAACAUCGGCAUCACUCUUAUCAUCCCUCUUUCCAUCGCUUUCGCAAUCGUCCGCCGCUAGCACUUCCCAUCAAGCUUCCUCCUCGUCAGCAGAACCAGCACCGAAACAGAAAUCGAAGCUAGAUCUGGAACGCAUCCUGCGCAUUCUGCAAGCCUCACAACCAUCCUCUUCUAGUAUGGUCCAGGGAACUGAGCCCGGUCAGCCCAGAACCACAUUAUCCUCAUCAUCUGGCACAGGAUCGGACCAACCAUCUACCUCCACGCUGCCAUCCUCGGAGAUCGCAGCCUCGGAUGCAGAUGACAAUCCGCUCGGGUCGUUUCUAACCAAAGAUGCCAUUCGUGCGUUGAUGCCUACCUUGCAGGAGGUGAACGUUAAGUUUAACGUGGAGAAGCAACUGCAGGCGCUCAAUGCGACGGCAGCGAUGGCCAAGAUAAUGCCGAAAACAUUACCGCCCGGAACGGACACGACCGAGGAGGAUGAGCUGGAGGAAGAUCUGCUCGAUGAGGAAACGGAAGACACGAUCGAGUACAAGUUCACGCCGCGCCCGGUCUUUAUAGCAACCAUCUGUCAGGUGUGCAAGAACCCAUUGAAGAGUUUCUUCCACUGCGAACGCUGCAUGAUGGUAUCCUACUGUGGAGAAGAGCACCGGCGCGUAGAUCAACCGUCCCAUCGAGAACUCUGCACGGUACUGUGUGAAAUAGCGGCUAAUAGAGGAGGACACAUUUACCAGCUAGCAAGGAAGCUUAACGUUCAGGAGUAUCGCAAUCUGCGCGUUCACACGCUCAACCAGAUCGAACUAUCGCUCAAACGAUCUAUGCAAGCGUACGAGCGCGAGAUCGUACUGUUUCCACGCAUCUGCAUCACACCAGAUUGUCGCGAAUGGAGACAGGAACUGCUGACGGAGUGUACGGAUUGCCGUCAGGUUUCCUACUGUGCGGCAAAUCCAACGCACCUGCAUGCUUCACAUCGCCGCUGGUGUAAGGCGUACCUACUCUUCCAGAAGCUGAUCCUCCGCCAGCGUAUACUGGGACGGAUCGAACCCGUUCUUCCGGCACGUAUCCUUUCGAAACUGACCCCACUACCGGCCAGCAUUGACGAAGCGUUCAAGCAGUUGUACAAAAACUCAACUGUUCCUCGGGAUGAAUGUGUGUAUGCCGUACUGUCACAGAUAGCGACCGCUCCACUGUCUGCACUGUAUGCGUACCAGCAGACGGGCCUACCGUUCUGCAGCACAUUCACAAUCCAUCUCGUCGGGGCCGAGCUACAGUUUGAGGGCGACACACUGGACAAGUGGGAAGCGUUCUUCCUUCACCUCGUACCGGAGGUCGCCGUACUGCGAGUGGUUUUCGUCGGUCCGGAACUGAACGUUGAGAAUCUGCCGAUCGACGUCAUCAGUCGCAUUAGAAUGUGCCGCAUCUGUCGCAUGAAGUGCCGUGUGGUUGCGUUCGAUUUCCAAUGCCGCACGAUGUACCACGACUAUCGGCACAGCUCCAGAUACCAGCGACCGAAUCUGAUCUGUUUCUUCAACCCCGGACUGCACCGUACGACGGGCUUUGCCGGGUUGGAUAGUUGGCCAACAACGAUCCGUGCUGCGACCGAGGCAGGCUGCCCGAUGCUGGUGACAGCGUACACGGAGCUUGAGUCACCGCUCGAUCUGGAACGGCUGCAGCGCGAAUCGACGCGUACCCUUCAGAUCGUACAAGCCCCUUCGGUUAAUCCGUUCGCUUCCAAGCGUCCCGAUCGUAACUUCAUCUCGGACGAUACUGCACCGAUGAUCUUCAAGAAUUACUACUACUUUGUGGUGAAAUAGAGGAGAAA